AUGUGUGAUGAAACCAAACCGACUUGCCUCCAGUGCCAAAAAUCAAGACGACAAUGCCCAGGAUAUAAGGAUGACUUUGAUCUCGUCUUUCGUAAUGAGACGAAAGCUACAGAAAGAAGAGCACGACGAUCACUAAAGAAUAAGAAGGGUAACAAUAAUAAUACCCAAACUGGAUCCGGGAAUCGCAGUGAUGGGGAUCGCAAAUUCUCAAUUGUGUCUAGCGCAGGUGCCGAUGCUGAAAUAAUGUAUUCAACGACUGGAAUGGACCCCGCCAAGUUUGAAUCUGGCGGCAAUGAUCCUACCUCAUCAGAUGCAUUGGGAUUACAGAUGGGCUUCACUAGUUCCAUCGAACAACAAGCACCAUGUUAUUUCAUGUCAAAUUUCGUUAUAAUACCACAAAGCGGACAGAUACGAGGCUCUUUUGACUGGGUGUUACCAUUAAUCAAGACGGAACCUUCUGACUCGGCUUUAUCACUUUCAUUUCAAGCUGUAGCGAUGGCUUCUCUGGCGAAUAGACCAAGCGCAAGAGGAAGCAAAUUGAUGUAUUUGGCUAUUGACCAAUAUGCAAAGGCCUUGAAGGUGGUUAAUUUGGCGUUACAAAAUCCAGUACAACAAAAGACCGAUCAGACAUUAGCAUCGAUUCUUUUACUAGGAUUCUUCGAAACCGUCACACAAGAGAAAACGAGUAUCACGGCUUGGGGUUCACAUAUCGAUGGAGCUGUACAGAUAGUGAAGAUGAGAGGCAAGAAACAGUUAAGGACGAAAGUUGGCGUUGCUUUAUUUCAAAGUGUCCGAGGACAAAUGCUUGUCAAUUGUCUUUCUUCAUCUAAAACUCCCACGUUAGGAACCGAAUGGUGGUGUGCCGAUGCUCAAAAAGAUGAAGGGGCCGCUUUCGUCAAUAGACUAAAUCUUGAAGUCGCUGAACUUCGUGGCGAUAUAAAUAGGAUACUAAUGUCACAUUCACGAUCACCAGAGACUAACGAAUUAGUCGGUGAGAUCAUGCAUCGUGCUCUGGAACUAGAGCUGGAGUAUGAGAAAUGGGAAGAAACGCAGACGAAGCAAACAGUAGCUUGGGUGGACAAUGUCCCCGGAGGUGAUAUCACAAAAGCUGAUGUAUGUCCCGGAAGAGUCGAUCUCUAUUCCGAUGUCUUUUCCUGCUCUUCAUGGAAUUUCUCACGCGUAUCGAGGAUUUUCAUCGCCGGCAUUGUUAUCCGCUGCGCAGCGUGGAUUUGCUAUCCUGUAGACUAUCGUACUACACCUGAAUAUGCGCAAAUGUCGAGGAUGGGUCAGGAAAUGAUUUGUGAUAUUAUCGCCUCUGUUCCAUUUAUGUUUGGAUGGCACUUGGAUAGUGAGGGACGAUUGAAACCGGGCGAUAUCAUGGGUGGUGGGGAGGAUGUUAUGGGUGUUAAGGCUUUGGGGGGUGUGUAUACGAUUUGGCCGUUGUUGACGGUUAGCUGUAGUGAUUUUACGACGGAUUCGCAACGUUUGUGGAUUAAAGGACGGUUUAAAUUUAUUUCCGAGGUUAUUGGUUUGAAUCAGGCGAAGGUGGUUGGUUGUCUACAACUCCGACUCCCCUCAAUGAUCGUCCGUCGCGAUAACAUGGGCUACGCAUCUCUCACAGGUCCAAAUUCUAUUCGUCCCCCUGGCAAACCAGCUAUUAUGCCCACAUUACCUUCUUCAAUAUCCUCGCUUACCUUUCAACAACGUGAAGCGAUGAAGAAGGAAAUGUGGGAACGGGAACGUAAAGCUGCGAUGGAGAAGGAGAAGGAGAAGGCUAGGGAGGGGGAUAUUGGGAGGCCGGUGUUGGCUGUUGGUGGGAAUGCUGGGAAUGUGAGUGGGAUCAGUAGUGUUGGUGCAAUGAGUGGAAAUGGGAAUGGAAAUGGAAAUGGGUUGGGUAGUACCGUCAUGUUGCAAUAUCAGCAGGGUAAAUAUGGAUUAGGGAGUAACGGAGGAGGUGGAGGUGGAAGUGGAUCUGGAGUUGUAGGGGUUGGAAAUGGGAAUGCAAAUAUAAGUGGAAAUAUACAACAAAAAACAGGAGAACUAAGUUGGAAAAUUAGUAACGAGCAAGGGAAAAAAUACGCUUGGUUAGAAGGAUUAGGGUGGUGGGAAACUACUGUUUGA